UGUCCAGCCGCGCCCGCCGUCCCCGCUCCUCCUCUCCCUCAAUCCCCCCCCCCGCGGCCCGGCCCCAUUUCCCGAUGCUGCCGCGGGCCGCAGUGCUGUCGCUGGACGCCUCGGCGGGCCCUGGGCGCCCCUCGCAGCUGCCCAUCGGCACGGAGGAGGAGCAGCCGCCCCGGGGCCCGGAGCCGCGCGGCCGGGCCAUGGAGAGCCUGCCGCCGCGGGAGGAGGCGGUGGGGCCGGCCGGCGAGGCCUCGGAAGAACCCGAGAGCGGCAGCCGGCGCUGGGGAGCGCAGCACGCCGGGGCCCGCGAGUUGGCCGAGCUCUAUUCGCCAGGAAAAAGACUACAGGAGUGGAUCUCUGUCAUCUUAUGCUUCUCUCUGAUCUGUUUCAACUUUUACAAUCUUCUCUUCUACUUGCGACUUGAACACACGCCCUCCAUUAUUGUUGGGAUAUUUGCAGGUGUAAUUACAGCAGACUUUCUAUCAGGAUUAUUUCACUGGGGGGCAGACACCUGGGGAUCUGUGGAGCUACCCAUUGUUGGAAAGGCUUUCAUCAGACCCUUUAGAGAACAUCAUAUUGACCCUACAGCAAUUACCAGGCAUGAUUUCAUAGAGACCAACGGAGACAACUGCUUCAUGACGUUGGUCCCAUUGGCAAACAUGGCAUACAAAUUUGUUUCCUUUUCCCCAGAAGCACUGUAUGAAACAUGUCCUUGGGAGUGCUAUGUCUUUGCCCUUAUCAUCUUCAUAACCAUGACGAACCAGAUUCACAAGUGGUCUCACACGUAUUUUGGUCUUCCACGCUGGGUCAUCUUUCUACAGGACUGGCAUGUUAUCCUGCCUCGGAAACAUCACAGGAUUCACCAUGUAUCUCCACAUGAGACAUACUUCUGCAUUACAACUGGUGUAAAAGUUCCUCGUAAUUUUCGUCUGUUGGAAGAACUUGAAGAAGGUCAAAAAGGAGUAGGCGAUGGAACAGUUAGUUGGGGCCUUGAAGAUGAUGAAGAUAUGACACUCACAAGAUGGACAGGAAUGAUUAUUGGGCCUCCAAGAACAAUUUAUGAAAACAGAAUAUACAGCCUUAAAAUAGAAUGUGGGCCUAAGUAUCCAGAAGCACCUCCAUUUGUAAGAUUUGUAACAAAAAUUAAUAUGAAUGGAGUAAAUAGUUCUAAUGGAGUGGUGGACCCCAGAGCCAUAUCAGUCCUAGCAAAAUGGCAGAAUUCUUUUAGUAUCAAAGUUGUUCUGCAAGAGCUUCGGCGUCUAAUGAUGUCUAAAGAAAAUAUGAAACUUCCUCAGCCACCUGAAGGACAAUGUUACAGCAAUUAAUUAAAAAAAAAAAAAUCAUGCCCCUUUAUUCAAUUUAAGCUGUCUUCAUUUUCCACAGUAGUAAAUUUUCUAGAUGCAUCUUGUAGACCUCAAAAUACUGGAAAGGAAGUUCCCAUUCAAAGAACAUUUUUCUUGAGAUACUGUAAAUGAUACUAAUUUUUUUCAUUUGAAAUAUAAGUUGUGCUAUAACAAAUAAUCCUGUCGUGUAACCACUGUCCACAUAGCUGAACUUCUGGUAUCAGGAAGAGUCGAUUCAAAUUGAUUACUGUCAAGACCAGUGUGGCACAUCUAACUUAACUGUGAAGCAUACAUCCCACAAUCACCUUGCUGCGUGUCUGGCCUGGGUUGUUUUGUUUAUUUCCUUUUUCUGUCUUCUGCAAUAGCGUUGAAGCUCAGGGCUGUUUAUUAGAAUAGACACAAAGGUUUUUGCUUCCAGUACGACACUGGGCUUAAUGGACUACUAAUGGGGAUGUGUGCUAACCUCUGUCAUCCCUCCCUUUGUGCUAUCUCUAGUAAAGGCUGAAUGUGACUGUGGUCAUUUUUGGUUUUAUAUUUUUUUAAUGCCCUGGUAAUCUGGGGCAAGCUUUCCUCUGGCCAAGGCAUAGAUUGUAUUUCUCUUCCUGAUCUUCCUCACCAGAAACAUGAGCAUUGGAUGAGGGAUUCAGGGUUCUUUUAAUCUCUUCCCUCUUCCCCUCUUUUUAGUGGGGAUGCUGCUUUCUUUUUGCCCCUCUCUGUCUCUUCUCACCCCUGGAUGGCAGGGGUAAGCACUGGGGCAAUAACUUGACAUAUUCCCUUCUGCUUAUUGUUUUGAUUUUGCAACAAAUUUAGUCUUCACCAGCCUGGGAACCAAGAGUAUCUGUUCUGCUCGCAAAUGUGGAUUUUCUCUGUUCCUUUGGCAUUGCUGCCACACCACCAAGCUGCGGCUGAUGUUGUUAGAUAGGCUUUUGACAUGGUGAAAAGAGCAGUAAUUUACCAGGAUGGCCAAAAUCUGCUGCCAGAUCUGUGCAUAGAUUCAAAACACACACUCCAAUUCCAGUUGCUGUGUUGUUGGUGCUUUGAAAUGACCCAGGAACGUUGAUUAACUGAGUGCAGCAUCCAGGUUGGCCCUUCUAAAAGUCUGACAGACAAAUCGAGUCAGCAUAGAUUCCGUUAGGAUUCUCUGAGUGUUGGAAGAGAAAACCCCUCAGCGAAGAUCUGGGGAAGUGCUGCGUACAGCAGAGUAAGGACCGGUACUGGCUUUGCAUCCUGGCAAAUCGCUGCCUUUUCUGUUUUACUCUUUUGGACCACUAACUGCAGUGUGGAUGCAAGCUUACAUGCAACCAGCCUAGUGUGUCUGAAAUUUUAUGAAAAGAUCAAGUGUUUGCGUAAAAAAAAAAAAAAAAAGAAAAAGGAAAAAAAGAAUAAAAAUACAUUUUAAAGCAGCAGCUAUCAAGUCAAUGAACAACAAUGUUUCCAUUAACUCUUUUGAGAAAAAUAUUAGUUGUAAGGAUUUAUCAUCAUCUGUAAUUAAGAUUUAACAUAACAGUAUUCCAUAAGCAGCCUUUUUAUUGUAUCAGACCAUUGCCUGAUUUUAAUAUAAUAAAAAGUGUGCAUUAAUAUUAGAAGGCUUUAAUUGUAUUUAUGUUUAAAUUUUGAUCCCCUAUGGAAUUUUUGAUUUGUCGGAAGUAUCUUCCUACAGAUCGCACUUAGUUAACAGCAUGAAAACUGGUGGUGAAAGGCAAUUGUCUUUAUCCAGCUGCUGCUGCUGCUGUGCCAAGGAGAAGCUUUAGAUUCAGUGUAGCCCUCAGACAGACCUGCGUAGAGUUGCCCGUGGCAGUGCCAGUGGUGCUGAGGAGCCCGAGGUGCCGGCACUGCAGUGACCUUCUGUGCCGUAACCCCGAGGAAGUCGACUCCACGUGUGGCUGCAUGCAGCACUGUCAGGUUAAUGAAGAACUUUGCAGCCUGAAAUCUCACCUGAUUCUCAAGUGGUGAACUGUGAAAAACAGACCUUUGUAAAUCUGGAUAAAGAUGGAGCUGCACAGUUUGGGCUUUUUUGGGUGCAGAGUAUCUCUGCUAACGAAGAUUGCUGGAAGGUCUCAGUUGUGCAUUCACUUCGGUAUUGCGAUGAAAUGCGGAGUUCUGGGUGUGGGGACAGAAAAGGGAACGAGCUGUAUGUGUGAAACUUGUGUUGUCCUGUGGUCUUUGCUGGUCAUAGCUCAGAGGGCGCUGUGAAGACAGACGAAUACUGUGUCAGCAUUGUGUGUUUUUGAAGUUGCUCUGUAUCUGAAGGUGUUAAAUGGGAACCGGGAAAAUGCUUGGUCAUUGCUGAGUGGUUCUUGAAUGGCUCUGUUUUACUGAGCUGCUGUGAGAAUGCCCAUGUGCUGCUCAGGAGGGUGUGGUUGGUGCGUGGUUGGUGCUUCCCCCGCCUUCAGAAUGCAGGUGCUGGUUUGAAAACUCCGGAACUGUCAGAUUUGCUUUGCACAGGUUGGUGUGUUCUGCUUUGACCUGAGCCAUGCUUCAUUGGAAUCUGUGCUAGCCGUUGUCCUUGUGGUACAGUGUUGGGGGAUGCUUUGGAAAAAAAAAGUGGUUGACUGUUCUUUGUCUUAUGUAGGAGGUGCGCUCAGGAACACUUGGUGCUCUGUGCACUGGUAUUCCAUGCUACGUAUGAGCAGCAUAGAAAAAAUAGCACACUAAGACUCAGAUGCUAUUGAUUCCAUGUGCUGUGGUUCUGUCAAAUGUGUGCGACCUCAGAGCUCUGUGGUGGUAGAGACUGGCCAUCCCUGCCUGCCAUCUCGUGCCCCAGGCCUGUUCACGCUGCGGACGUGGAGGUGGGCAGUGAACCUGCAUCCUCCUGUGUCCUCCUGCGUGCGUUCCUCCUCUGGCAAUGCACGACAGGGUGCUCUGCUGUCCCCGCUGACCUUGGCUUGCGCUCCGAUCUGGUGUCUCGUGAAGUAAAGGCGUGGGCGAUAAUAAACACUCCUGUGGCCACGAAAUAGAUGCUGCUUCUGGGGGCUCGUUCUGGAGGUGGCUGCUCAGCGGGCAGACAGUGCAGAGCAGCCCCCGCUGCCGCCGUCCCCCGUCGGGGCUCACCCGGGGCAGCGCCGCGGCGCUCCGGCUGUGCGCAGUGCCGGCCCGGCCGCUAGGGGGAGCCAUAGCGCUGCGCAGCUUCUCGCGUCGGGGCCUCUUUCCACGUGGAUCCUGAAUCAAUUUUUGAUUUAAGAACCUGUGGAAAGUGGCUUUUUUUUUUUACUGUGCCGACAUUAGGGGAAUGCCACCAGGGUAGUGAGAUUUGAGUUGCUAAUAAAGACAACUUAUUUGCUUCUUGCUCAGAUGUAAUGAAAAUUUGUGUAUUUAUAUGGGGAGCACAUACUUAAAUAUGCUUUUUCUGUCCUUUUAACCUUUUAACCUAGUGCUUAGGAUUUAGAAGAUAAGUUUCUUCCAUCAUCAUUAGUGGAAUAACUUUUAAGCCAAAAGACGCCAUCGGCAGCUCUGUGUGAAGCAAGUGGCUGAGCUUUAGCCUGGGUUUGGACCAGAAUGAGGGGCAGCAAGCGAGAGCAGAGCUGGAUGUGGCCGUGCCCCUAAUUCUGGAGCACACAGCUGGGCCAGGAAUGGACCCCAACAUUUUAUCUCAGUGGCAGAUGGGAUGUGGAGGAGCAAAGUUGUUAUGCCAAUUUUAAUAAGGGAAGCAAAGCCAGAGACUUUUUCACAUUUUUCUGAUAAUGUAAGGAGUGUUCAGAUGUGCUCUACUCCUCCAAAUAUCAGACUUUGCAGUGUCUUGCCCAGAGCUGUGGUGCUGUUUGUGGCUCACCUUGUAUUUGUAGUACUUGGCCACUGGCAGUUGGGGUUGUACCUUAUCCUCAGGACAGUGUUUCCUACAUCAAGGAACAGCACACUGAAUUCACUACUUUAUUUUAAGCUGGCAUUGGCUUACACUGAGACGAGGUAGUUCCAGUUCUUCAUGUACCUGUAAACCUGUCUGCUUCAAGCUCUUGAGCUGAAAGGAGUUGAAGAAAGCUCAAUGAUUAUAUUCUUGGUAUAUAAUUUUUUUACGUGUUAAUUUGAAUGUAAGGAACUUCUCUGGUGGCUUAGAGUUUCCCUAAGUGAGUGGAAACUGACACAUGGCACGAAUCUUUGGCUAAGAUGCUCUUCAGAGGCAAGCUAACGUUGCUGUUGACCAAGAGUCAGUUUCUCAGUUUCUCUGGUCUUCUUGUAGCAAAUUGCCAAAACUGCUUAACUUUCAAGCUUGUGAAGAGCUCCAUGAAGUCAAAUGUGUAUUAGGUGCAUGCUUAAGUGCUUUGCUGGACCAGAGCAAGCGUGCUGGGAGAGAGACUUCUGUGGCCUCUCCUGAGGAUCUUCUUCCCAGCUCUCCCCUCACAGUGCCAUUUCCUUGGUGUUUAUGCCUUUAUGUUUUCCCAAUGUCUCCCAUGUUCGUUGCAAAAAAAAAAAAAAAAAAAAAAAAAAAACACCACGAAAGAAGAAGCAGAAGACAAGGUGGAAGAUAAGGUGAUAAGGUGGUUUCUCGCGAUUUUAUAUCUGUCAAACAUUUUGUCCCCAUUUUCAUCCUUAUCUCUUUUUCAAUAAAGCCUACAAAAGGUUUUCAGAAAUGUGGGUUAUGUCCUAAUUUGCUGCCUCUCAAGCUGCGUUGUUGGUGGCUUUGCUCUGGGAUGUCUAGAAGGCCUUGUUGUAUAUGGGUAGUAAAAAGGGAGAAUAAAUGUCAAAUGGUCUGCCUGAAAGUCCCUUCCUGACUUGGCUGCUGAACAUUUAUUCGUUUGUGUUGUCUUGUCGCACUAGCUCUCUGCUCUUCAAAGGCAGUCUUGGAAUAGCCAAAGCUGAAAUUGCCUUUGAGGGAAAUGAAAACCAAGAAUUCUAGAAAGGGAAAGGAAGCAAAAUUCUAAGCCAUAGCGAUCAUAAUGAGUCCAUUUUCCCUUGUCCCAGCUCUUUUUAUAGGUGUGUUCAUAGUUUUCCUGAUCCUGGUCUUCAGAUCUACAGAGGGAGGUUUGUGGCCUUGAGGUGGAGGACCCCACGGAAGGUUCCUGCAUGUCUGCAUCCGUGCGGUGUGAAUGCUGGGGCUGGACGGGCCGAGGGCAGGCAGGGCUGGCAGCACCGGUGUGAGCACGCUGGAAGAGCAGUGUGGCUGUGAAUGGACAAACAGCUGCUUUCUGUCCAUGGAGCAGGGGGGAGCACAUGUCAGGGAAACACACACACAGUCCCACACCUUCAGAAGUGUUCCAGGAAAUUGCGAGUAAUGCUUAAUUACAGCUUUUUGUAAUCAUUGAGGCUUGGAUGCUGUGUAAAUAGGGCCUUGAUGAAGAACAACUGUGUCUGACACUGCAGCAGCGACUGAGACUUGAGAAACAACUGUGGAAGAACAGAGAUCUCAAUAAAAUAUUUGCCAAACUUC